CAGACGGGUUGUUGAUCGCAGGUGGGUUGGCUGCUUUCCCAUAGUAUCAUGCUUGCAAUUCCCGGAAAAGUUGACGCUGUCUUAUUGGACAGCUGUCUUACGCGAUAUCUAUAGUGACUGAUACUUGCGGAAUCUCCCAGGUCUAGAUCCCGUUACCAACUCAGCCAGCCAUCGCCUGCAGCUGCCCGCCGGAACUUGCCCUCGGUCUCUGCCCCGACUCCGACAAUGGGUUCGGCAUACAACUCCGGCAACGAUGUCCUCUCGUCCCUAAGAUACAUCCCCCAAUACUAUAACCAUGCAGACUCGCAAGCCUCGGCCCUAAGGCUGGUCCUGACCCUCAACCCCGACUGGGAGGGCCCUGGCAACAACAUUGAGUUCGUGCGAUUCACAGACGGCAUCACCAAUACUCUGCUCAAAAUCAUUAAUCGCAAACCGGAAUGGACCGAAGAGCAAAUAGACCACGAAGCAGUACUCAUGAGAGCGUACGGUAACUGUACGGAACUUAUCAUAGACCGCGAAAGAGAAAUGAACUCUCAUGCUCUACUCGCCAGCCGCGGUCUUGCCCCUGCGCUACUCGCCCGAUUCCAGAAUGGCCUGCUGUACCGGUUCCUUCGAGGCACACCCGCCAACCACCUUGAGCUGGCGCAUGCUCCUAUCUGGCGCGGUGUAGCCAGGAGGCUGGGGCAGUGGCAUGCGGUUCUGCCAAUCCAAGGGAAACCUGCGUUCCCGACGACAAAGGAGCUGCCCAUCGUGAAGAACCCAGUAGAAAUCGAGUCGGAGAUCUCAGACAAACCGGAGCCGAACGGUCCCUUGAUCCAGCCUAGACACCCGGGACCCAACCUCUGGACGGUUCUGCAAAAAUGGAUUCUCGUUCUCCCGACUGCGACAGAAGAGCAACGAGAGAGACGCCAACGCUUGCAAGACGAGCUCGAGCGCGUCGUGAAGGAGUUUGAUGACGGAAAGGGUAUUGGAGAAGAUGGGUUGGUCUUCGCUCACUGCGACCUCUUAUGCGCCAACGUAAUCGCGACAGAAGAAUCAACCGAAUCCGGACCAGACGAAGAAGUCAGAACAGUCCACUUCAUCGACUACGAAUACGCCAACCCCUCCCCCGCCGCAUUUGAUCUCGCCAACCACUUCGCAGAAUGGGCCGGUUAUGACUGCGACUACAGCAUGGUACCCACACGCCCCGUCCGACGACAAUUCCUAUCCCAAUACAUCCAGAGCUACAGAUACCACCGUGAGAUUCCGGACUCGGCACAUGAGGAGAUGGUCGACCGGUUGUAUGAGGAUGUGGAUCGGUUCCGUGGUAUUCCUGGUUUAUACUGGGGCGUUUGGGCACUUAUUCAAGCACAAAUCUCCCAAAUCGACUUCGACUAUGCCUCUUACGCCGAGAACCGUUUCGGUGAAUACUACGCCUGGCGCCGCGAACAAGACGGCAGUCGAGCCCAAGAAGGCGCAGAAAUGCCCCUUCGCGAGCGACGAUGGGCGCAGGAAGCAUAAUCGUCCUGACUUUCCUUCUCUCAAAAGUCUAAACUCGGCCGUUUCCAUUUUUCUACUUUCGACUUUUGCAAAAUUGCAUCGAUAUACAUGCAUUCAUACAUAGCCCGUUUUCGCUUUCUAAUCUCGUGAGUGUGCACGAGGGUUUCAACACUUGUCCCUCGACGAAAGGAAAACAAAACAUAAUACUUAUAUUAAUCUUCUGUACGAGUUUGUUUGUGUCUGUGUUGGUUGGGUUAGGGAGCGGAAACUGGG